ACACACUAAUUUCAGCGUUCCCUCCCCACCGGCCCCACACAAACCAACCUUCGCUCUGUCCCCCUCCGCUGCAAAAGGAGAGGGAGUCUCUGUUCCGGUCCCAAAACUGCUAAGGCGUCUGGGAAGCCGUUUCCAGGAAGUGACGCUAGAUUAAUCCGGAAGUGGCUUUGGCAGCGUGUGGAAGCAAAGGUGAGAAAGAAGAAGAAAGAUAUAAAAACCGAGAGAGAGGGAUUGGCAGAGAAAAACCCGGGGAGAGGGAAGAUGGCUCAGAGGCUUUUGCUGAGGAGGCUUGUGCCCUUGACCCUUAGGAAGACCACUGCCCCAGUGCGAUCUCAGUCCUCAGCAUUCCUGUCAAGCCUGAGCUCCCUCUCCUGGCACGGCACUGGGCCUUCCACCCAACACCAAGCAGGUCCUCCCACCGUCAGAAGGUUUUGUGAAUCUCCAGCUUGCAGUGUCUCCUUCAAUGUACAGAACCAGCUAGAUUUCACUGAUCGAGUCAUCAACAGCAAGAAGCCAGUCUUGGUGGAUUUCCAUGCAAGUUGGUGUGCCCCCUGCCGCAUUCUUGGUCCGAGACUUGAGAAGAUGGUGGCAAAACAGGAGGGAAAGGUCGUAAUGGCAAAAGUAGACAUAGAUGAUCAGACAGACCUCGCCAUUGAGUACAAGGUGACUGUGGUCCCGACCGUAAUUGCUAUGAAGGACGGGGAUGUCGUGGGGAAAUUCGUAGGUGUUAAAAGUGAAGAUGACCUGGAAGUCUUCAUCAAGGAGUUGAUUUGAUGGUGACAGGACUGAUGGCCUGUAAAGGUUUUAUGGGAUGGCUGUGUGACUGUCAUGUGAUCCUCCUUUUUCCAACUACAUGUUUCCCCUGUUUUGUAAAAUAGGCCAGAGAUGCUGCUACUAACCACCUGUCUGGCUGAGAUUCCUGCCACAUUCAAGAGCUAGUAAAUCUUGCCAUAACUGAGGCUGCUGUCUCCUGUCAUCUUCUGAAAUUUUUAACCACUAUCACACACCAAACACAACAGAAUCUACUCCAGCUACCUCGUGGCAGACUCCAGUAGAACCUUGUUUACACCAGCACUACCGCAUUCUACUCUCCAUCCUGUUCUAUCUGCUGUGCUUUACCUCUAGGAGCCAGUGCACAACCUUCAGUUCCACUCCACUGUCCUUCCUCGCUACUCCAACUCCCUCGAUCCUCAUUUUUCUGCAUUUCCUGUAUGUCCGCGCAGUGUUUUCUGAGAAGUUCUCCAUCCUUUCCCAAUGCUGCUCUGUGUCUGACUGCCUUAGCACAGCAUCUUACACCAGACAGCUGAAGAUAAAGAGUUCAUCAUUGAUCAGUGAUCUGAUUUGCAUUGAACAACCUAGCACCGACCAGAAGCUGUUGAGCAGGAGAGGAAAUAUUUGCAGCUGAUGAGCAAGGACAGAAUGUCAAGUGCUGAUAGCUGGCUAUGUGGAUUAUCAGCAGUGACUGAAAGGCCAUGUAGCUGGGAUCAGGCCAGCGAGACAAAGUACAAGGGGAUGUUAGAAAGAUGACAUCUUCCAUUUUUACAAAUAAAUAAAACAAAUCACAAAAUAAAUUCUAGCUCAGCCAUCAGGAUGAAUUCACGUUAGAGUCAGUGACCCGAAUAUUUGCAAAACAUUGCUUCUAAUCUGUCUUCUGUAAAAAGAGGGUUUGAAAUGAAUGCUGACAUAAAAAGUUUCUUUGGUUAAUCAUCCAUUUUAAUUUUCAAUCUGCUGUUUCCUUUUGUCUGAUUUGGGGUUGGGGGCAGUCACCCCUGUGUUGCUAAAAGUGAGUCCUGUUCAUGUUAUCAAUCAUGUAAGCUCUUCUGCCAAACAUUGCCUUAAUGAAUAGGAAAUUAGAAUUUUAACAAAAACGAAGACAGAAUAAUAGAAUUAUGAUUCUAAGGACAGCAGAGAAGCUGUUUAUUUGAAGUCUUGGUUCAUGGACUACUGUAAUGAAUUUAUUCUCUAUAUCCUCUUUCCUCACAUGCCCAAAAACCUGUGGCCUCUGGCAGUGCUUCUGCUGUCGUGUAUGAGGGGAAAUAAAACCUGGCAAGGGAAGAUGGCUUCCUUCCCCUUCCUUCUCCAUUGUGGCUCUGGCAGGUUACCCACUUGAAUAAUUCAUGGCUGAGAGAAUUGUAAGGCAGAGGUUGCACCCUCCCACCCUGGUACAGUGUGCCUGUAUAGGGUACCACCUGGCUGCAGUUUGUAUUAUGGAUCCAUGAAUUAGUUUACAGGGGGCACUGCUAAGUAUAGUGCUUGGCCACCAGGCACACCUAGCCCCCAGUUCAAUCCUUCCUCUACUGAAGUCACUGAUCCUAGGCAUGGCCACAGCUGCAGUGGGCCUCAGUGUCCCUGGGCUAAGGAGAGGACAAAUAAAGCUGGUGAUUCCCUGUGGUGUAACCCUUGGUUAAAUAACCUGCUGAGGCUUGCAGUCUGAGCACAUCUUUGAAGAAUGGCCAUGUGAACAAUGCACUGGGAGGGAUGGAGAGAAUCGGCUUGAUCUGAAAAUAUAAAGCUCUACUUUAACUGCUGUGUCCUUGGCGUAUGUCACUCUUCCAGCAGUGCCUACCCAAUCAGUAAGUAUUCUGAAUUUCGGUCAAAUCAGAUUGUGAAUGGCAGGUUAAAACAAGAUGUAACCCUGAAUUAUGUCCAGUGCAACAAAACUGGGUGUGUUGCAUGAUUUGGUGGGGCUUACUGAAUUUUUUUUAAACGCAGUAGCUAGGUGAAGGCUAAACAAAUUUUGAGUAAAAAAAUAUAAAUCUAAGUUUAAAUGGUGCUUAAAAUAGAAUCAGCAUACUCAACUCCUGGUCCCAUUGUUUUCCUUUUCAUUUUGCUCAGCUGGUCCUCACUUUGUCCCUCACAGCAGCUGCAAUUUAUAGGAAAGCAGUAUGAUGAUUUCGGUAGUUUUCCUCUGCUGUUGGUUCUGUGCUGGAGCUAACAGCACAGUGAGGGAUCACAUGGACAUCCUGCCACACUGCACACAAUGUGAGUAAUCUCCUGCAUACUGUGCUCCAAAAUAAUAAAGUAUAACCAAUUUCUUAAAUAAAACUUUAGCUGGAAUGAGGCUUCAGAUCUCCUGCUGAAUAAACUGGUCAUGUUUCAGGAAGCUGAUGGCCGGGUGUUAGGGGAGCUCUCUGCCCAAGUCUGAAAUCAAAAUGAUGAAUGUUCAAUCAAACCUGGUACAUCAAUGUACUGUCUGCUGCAACUUUAGCUAAUGACAUUUACCGUAACAUGUUAAAAACAAAAUCAUGAAAUGUUGGUGGGACUGAGGCCAUCACUGCAAACCCAGUUGGAUGGAACUCAUUAAAGGUAUAAUCAGCAUUGAAGCAUUUUACAGGUUGGAAAGGAACUUGGUUUUAAUCACCAAUCUUGACUGAGUUGAUUGAGCUCCAGGAGAACAAUAUUGUUCCCAUAAAACUGGCUUCAGCAACCUGAGUCAGAGGAUGGGGUGAAGUGUUGGGGGUUGGAAGUCGAAAUGGGCCAGGAUUGGAGCCCUGAUCACUUGUCAGUUACUCUGCUGAAUAAUGCUUUUACCUUUAAGUGGGCUGAGGGAAAGAUCAAGCUCAACUGCAUGAUCCCAAUAGGUUUCUGGCAGUCACUAAGCUUGUACUGAAUGUCUGUACCAAUGGAAUCUGAGACAGAAAUGGGCCAUUUAGAGUGGCAAGUACUAUUGUGGGUCUAAACCUUUGGUCUGCCUGACCACAGCUCCCGAUUACCAGUGCUUUUUGUGAAAUGAUUUUCGUGUAGGUAACACUGGGCUCCAAGCAAAUGUCUGACCAUGAGGAACUGCUCAAUGAUGGCCUCUGGUUUAAGUUUAGUUGGGGAGAGAUUCAUGAGCCAAUAAUGGAGGGCCAGAAGUUAGUUUUUGAAAAACUUCUUGGGAGGCUUGAAGUGGACUGGAGCUGCUAUGUUUUUGGUAUUUGAAUUUAGCCCCCUGUUCUAAAAUGCUGUGUCUUUUCAUGUGUGGGUUUGGUUGCUUCUCUUCCUCAUAGUUUGCACCUGAUAAAUGCCAUACUCUGAAUUUUACUGGUAUCAGACACCCAAGCACCUUUCCAACAGCACCUGGCAUUGUUCCAUUACUCCCCUCUCCUGGUGCAUACUUCCCCAAUACUGAGUCACAGAUCUUUGUCACAAUCUGAAGAUUCCCUUUGCAGCAAAUAAGCAUGGGUUGGGAUGGGGCUGAGGAGUUUAAAACGUUUAAAUUCAUUGUCGAAUUGAGCUUCUUUACCUGUGAUUCACACGCUGCUGCCUUUGUAACCAAAUUCUGACUUCAACUAUUUAAAUCUUACCACCAAUGUAACAGAUUAUUAUAAAUAAAUUUUCACAGCAAA